CGUCCCCCCUCCGGUGACCUGAGGCCUUUCUUGGGGUUAACCCCAGGUCCCUCUCCCUAAAUCAAAAGCCUUAGCCUCCUGUCGCCAGGGUGCCGGGCUAGUAAUAAGCAGGUCCACGCAUGCUGGACACACAGGCCCAAGCCACUCCGCGCAUCAGUCAGUACUGCAAACCGUACACAGUAGUGUACUUAAUCCAUAUAUAAACGUUACAAGUUAAGUAUCCCACAGCAAACAAAGUAGCAUUUAACAUCACGAGGAAAAAAAGAGAUAGGACAAAGAGAUGAACAACCAAUCCAGAGGGAGUGAAGAAGAGAAAAAGAAGCCCAAGAGGUUCUUCUGCAAAGACAGCGUCAAUUAAGACUGUUUGGAGCUGCCGAAGGCAGAGUCCUGGGGGUAUCCCAGAGGUGACAGAACUUGAUCUGGGCCUGGAAGGGGAAGAAUUCGGGAAGGGCAACGUGGGGCAUUCCAGUAGUAAUUGAUAGAAAUAUUACAUGGGAUAGGAUUUAUUCUCUCCGUACUUCUGAACCAAUGAACAGAAAAUGGGAAGAAAAACUGAAGCAAAUUGAAGAACGAGCAUCUCAUUAUGAGAGGAAACCAUUGUCCUCAGUGUAUAGACCAAGACUGUCCAAGCCAGAGGAGCCACCCUCCAUUUGGAGACUAUUUCAUCGACAAGCUCAAGCUUUUAAUUUUGUUAAAAGCUGUAAAGAAGACGUUCACGUAUUUGCUUUGGAAUACAAAGUAGGAGAUGGACAACGUAUUUACCUUGUGACAACCUAUGCUGAAUUUUGGUUUUACUAUAAAUCCAGAAAAAAUCUCUUACACUGCUAUGAAGUUAUUCCUGAAAAUGCUGUGUGCAAGCUUUAUUUUGAUUUGGAAUUUAACAAACCUGCCAACCCAGGAGCUGAUGGGAAAAAGAUGGUUGCAUUACUCAUCGAGUAUGUGUGUAAAGCGCUUCGAGAGUUAUAUGGUGUUAAUUGCUCAGCUGAAGAUGUUUUGAACUUGGAUUCUAGCACUGAUGAGAAAUUCAGCCGGCAUUUAAUAUUUCAGCUCCAUGAUGUGGCAUUUAAAGAUAAUAUUCAUGUUGGUAAUUUUUUGAGAAAAAUUUUGCAGCCUGCUCUUGACUUGCUUGGCAGUGAAGAUGAUGAUAGCGCUUCAGAGACAACAGGCCACAGAUUUCCCCAUUUUUUGGAAGCACCUGCAAGACAAGAAUUUUCUUUCACAGAGAAGGCUACAGGGGAAAGCUGGACAUUGAAUUCAGAGAAACUGGAGAGGCUGGGGUCAGCUGAGCAAAGCAGUCCUGACCUUUCGUUUCUAGUUGUGAAGAAUAACGUGGGAGAGAAGCAUCUUUUUGUGGAUCUUGAGUCAGUUUGCCAGUUUACGCAAACAAAUCCUGCUAGAAUUUUUAUUUGGAUUGCCUCGACUCUACAGAUCAACUUGGGGAGCGUUGACAUUUUUAUAAUACUGAGUCUUCCAAUCUAUGCACAUGGAGUUUAUACAAGAAAUAGAAACUUUCGGCUAUAUAAAUCAUCAAAAAUAGGAAAGCGUGUGGCUUUGGAGGUUCCUGAAGAUAACACAUUUUUUCCUAUACGGUCGAAGGAUGUUUCUGACGAAUAUCAGUAUUUUCUCUCUUCUUUGGUCAGCAAUGUCAGUUUAAAUACGAAUCUUACAGAGGUGGAGGGUUCUUCUACUGAAUACAGUCACCUUGUCUUUUGUGUAUUCCAAGUCAAUACCAGGUUCUCAGAUACUUUACGAAUUCUUACAUGUGACCCGUCUCAGAAUAAACAAAAAGGAGUUGGAUAUUCUAACAGUAUCGGCACUUCAGUAGAAACCAUUGGAGGUUUUCAGUGCUCUCCCUAUCCUGAAGUUGAUCAUUUUGUUCUUUCUUUGGUGAAUAAAGAUGGCAUUAAAGGAGGAAUUCGGCGUUGGAACUACUUUUUCCCAGAAGAGUUACUGGUUUAUGAUAUUUGUAAAUAUCGGUGGUGUGAAAACAUUGGAAGAGCCCAUAAGAGUAAUAAUAUAAUGAUUCUGGUUGAUCUGAAAAAUGAAGUUUGGUAUCAAAAAUGUCAUGACCCUGUAUGUAAAGCAGAAAACUUCAAAUCUGACUGUUUCCCAUUGCCUGCUGAAGUAUGUCUCCUGUUUCUUUUCAAAGAGGAAGAAGAGUUGACAAUAGAUGAAGCAGAUGAAACUAGGAGCAAUGAAACCCAGAAUCCUCAUAAACCAUCACUUAGCAUGCUGUCAGCAGGUGCAUCUGCUGAUGCUGUCUGGGAUAAUGACAUUGAUGAUGCUUAUUUUUUAGAAGCUACUGAAGAUGCUGAAUUAGCUGAAGCUGCAGAGAACAGUCUUCUCAGUUAUAACAAUGAAGCGGAUGAAAUUCCUGAUGAGCUAAUUAUAGAAGUAUUACAAGAGUAGCUAGUUCACUAUGGACACUUUUGUCACCAGGCUAUAAUUUGCCUGAUGUCUGUGAGAUUUGAUAAAUAUAUCAUUCAACCUGAUAAGUUUUAUCACUUUGCUUUCCAAUUUUUGUUUUUUACUUCUAUAAACCAAUUUUAUUAAAAAUUACCUUUGAUGUA